CGCACACAUACACCAUCCAUCCGUCCAGACAUGAGGAGCUACGCCAUACUGCUGUGUCUACUGCUGGGUCUGUGUGCAGCCCGCCAGGACGAGAACGACAGAGCGACGCAGCAUGGACGGAGGGAGGACGCAGCGACGUCCGACGAUGACGAUGAUAGCCCUGGCGACGGACAACAUCGAGCAAGUUGCCGUCGGUUACAGCGCUCCCGAGGUACUGCGGGGUUCCGGGGAGCUGUGCAGGCUGAACGGAGACUGCGAGUCAGGGUGCUGCCUACUGAAGCCCGGUGAAGCCAGGUACCGCUGCCAGGAGACUGCGAGCCUCGGCGACCGCUGCACCAUCGGACAGAUCAAAGGCGGCCGUUACUUCGCCUCGUGUCCGUGCGCAAAGGGGAAAGGUUUGAAGUGCAGACGAAGGGGAGGAAAAAAAGCGACGAGAACUUCUCCCAAAAAGUGCAAGAUGACCCGGAAGUGGAUGAGGGAACAUCCGGCCAUGCGCGCGCGCGGCGAGCGGUCGAACUCGUGGAACCUGUAGCGACAUCAUGACGUCAUUAGUCGUCAGCCAUUAUUCAUGUCUAAACGGUGCCGCGUUAGAAACUCUAUUUCAUAAACUCAACAGAAGAACACUUUCUCUGCGGUGUAGUAGUAACACGUGUGAAUUCUCGAAGGGUUGAGCUAUGAUUGCUGUAUUCGCGCGCGACUUACGUGCGCAUUAUUGUGAGGUUAGGCGCAGGGGGGGGGGGCUAACAGCUGGAGCAGUGUCGCACCGAAUAGCGGCCAUGACAGCGCAAUUAAACACACGCGUUUAUUAAUACUACUAUAGAAUGCUACUUAACACGUCAUAUUUGCUACAAUCUAUCAUUGCGCUAACUGUUUAAUGGACGUUAUGCAACGAGUGUUCGUGUUAGCGAUUAAUUCUAACAAGGUGGUAAAAUAUAUACGUUAAGAAAUUAGAGAGCUGUUCGCAGUCUUGCUGGCUCGCUUUCGAUUUUCGCCCGGAAUGCGUACGGGUAUUUAGUAAGUAUGUACUUACUUAUAUACUGCGGGUUUCUUCGAGAGUUUAUUCCCGUGUUUUAUGGGGCCGCCGAGCAAACGUGAGAAAAUGCAAGUUAUCGUUCGUGCUCGAUGAAAUAUUCAUGCCCUGCGGUUUACCGUCAGAGCGCUCUCGUGGCCAUAUGUUAAAAUUCGGUUGACUCGACUUCCACACCGAAGUGCGCGUGCGUGCGUGGUGCGUGCGUGUACGCGCGUGCGUAUAUGCAUGUGUGUGUGCGUGAGUGCGUGCGUACGUACGUGUUUGAAAAAACCACACAGGUGAUAACAAAGAAUUAUUUGAGAAAAUGAAACCAAAACAAAAUCACGUAUGAUUCUGCAAAGGUACUGUAUAGCUGCGACUCUUUUAAUCUAAAAAAUGGAAAUGAUAAGAUGUGGAAACAUAAUAGGUGCUACGUCUUAUGUCUCCAAAGUUCACGUGAGUCUUUUUUCUCUCUUUCUGCGAUGAACGUGAAAAAACAGAACUGCGGAUAACGAAGAGUCUGUAGACUAAUGGAUGUAUCUGUACAUAAACGCUGCUUAUAUAUCAACAAUUUUGUAUCACGAACGUUUUUUAUUACACAGUAAAGGAAAAUGUCCUUAUU